AUGGCUCUCGAAACUCUUCGCCUCAUCUUGAAGUACUCACCUCAAAUCCUCUCUUUCGCACUCCAACUGAUAACCCAAAGAAUCCGCGCCAUAAUCCACAACAAAACAUAUAUUUCCACCGAAAAUCCAAAACAUGUACUCAUCAUAGGCGGUUCCUUCGCUGGCAUUCAACUCGCGAAACGACUUGCUGAAACUUUACCUACCGGAUACAAAGUUAUUUUGAUCGAGAAGAACUCGCAUUUCAAUUAUACGUUUAAUUUUCCACGGUACUCGGUUGUCAGAGGGAGGCAAGAGAGGGCGUUUAUUCCUUAUGAUGGACUUGGUAGAGGAAACCCUGUGGGUGUGUUUGAGCAGAUAAGAGGAACUGUGGUGAAGAUCAGAGAGGACGAGGUUGUGCUGGAGGAUAGGAGGAUAAUCGGUUAUGAAUUUUUGGCGGUCGCGACGGGAGUUACGCAAGCCCCUCCUGCGAAGUUGUUGGCUUGUGAGAAGACUGGAGCUUGUGGUGAGUUAAAGGCGUUACAGGAUCGGAUAUUUGAGUCGAACACUAUUGCGAUUGUCGGUGCUGGGGCCGUGGGCGUGCAGCUUGCUUGUGAUAUUAAGACAUUUUAUCCUGAUAAAGUUGUUACUCUGAUACACUCGCGGAAGAAGUUGCUUACAAGUUUUGGGCGCAAGUUACAUGAUUAUGUGUUUGGGAAGUUGGGGGAGCUGGGUAUUGAAGUCCUGUUGGGUGAAAGACCGAGUUUGACCGCGAAUGGCGACUGGAAAGCUGAGGAUCUGACAUUUCAAAAUGGAAGUAAGCGAUUGUUUGAUUUGAUUAUCCCUUGUACAGGCCAAUCACCAAACUCAUCUCUAUUGGCUUCAUUUUCACCAUCAAGUAUCUCUUUCGAAAAUGGUCAAAUUCUCGUCAAACCAACACUACAGAUUAUUACAGACUCCAAGUUAGAUUCAGAAAGUUGUCUUACAAACAUCUUCGCGCUCGGAGAUGUAGCAGAUACCGGCGGUGCCAAAAUGGCAAGAGCAGGAAUGAUGCAAGCUCAAGUUGUAUGUUCGAACAUCAUCGCUUCUAUCUCUGGCGGGAAAAUGAAAGCAUACAACCCGAGUCCGUUGGAGGGUAGUUUAAAAUUGAGUCUAGGAAAGGAUAACGGUGUUGGAUAUCUACAGGAUUCAGAUGGUACCGAGAUUUUGGUCCCUUUGAAAGGUGGGAAAGUUGAUUUUGAAGUUGGAAAUGCUUGGUGGCAUUUGGGUGCUAAGUAUGACGAGAAGAACUUCUAG